AUGGUCAGUAGAGGUCGGGAUCCUAGAUACCUGACCCGGCGUCCCACGUUGGGGGCAGGGGUGCGCAGCGAGUCCCUGAAGCCUGGUUUCAGCGAUGUAGUUUCUCCGCUGGCUGUCCCGCAGCCUCCGGCGGAGCCGUCUUCAAUCAGGAAAUAUCCACCUGGCUUCUUCAGGAAAAAGAUAUUGAUUUGCUGUUUCUAUUUGCAGGCCCUGCUUUGUGGUGUAGUUGUUAUGCGUCCAGAAGAUCCACUUAUAUUUUUAGAAGAAAAACUCAAAGAAAUAGUGGAAAAGGGACUCGAUGCUGUUUUAUGGUAUAUGUGUGUUGAUCCUUCUUUACGGACAAACUUAAAGAGGAUUGCAGAAACUUACCUGAAUACCCUUUUUGGACUAGAGGAUGAACAGCUGAUGACUAAAGAAUUAUGGGCCAAAGCACUGGACUUCUACAGCAGAAACUUAAUGAAGUUAUAUUUUCGAGGUUGGAUAAAAUAUCAUCUACUGAGAAAGAACAAAAGAAAAAAGACAGAGCAGAAGAUGGCUCUUGCAGUAGUCCAUUAUAAAUUCCGAAUAGUAAGAGUAAUUAUUCAGAAGUGGAACAUCUUGGUGCAGAUUCACAAAGAAAAAAAGACAUUGGCAGCAAGGAAACUACAACAGAUCUUUAACAAAAUAUCUUUAAAUGCUGUCUUAAAAGCUUGGCAUGCAGAGGCCUGCAGUUCUUUGAAAACAAAAGCAUAUUUUGAGAGAUUGGUAAAGAAAGGUCAGGAAGGCUGUUUUGAUUCAAAUGAAUAUCUUACCUAUGAAUCGGUUAAACGUAAAACAUCCCGUUUACCAGAAGAAGCCUUAUUACAGAUUUUUCGUUAUGUGAAUUUAGUUGAUCUGGCAAGAUGUGCUCAAGUUAGCCAAACCUGGAUGCUGCUAACUCAGAACAGUUCAUUAUGGAGUGAUAUCAAUUUUUCAUCAGUAAAGCAUAAAGUUCAGGACAAAAUAGUAGUAAAUAUUUUGCAGAAGUGGCGUCCAUAUGUAUUACGUUUGAAUCUUCGAGGUUGCUAUUCUCUUCACUGGCCUAGCUUUAAAAGUAUCAGUGAAUGUAAAAAUUUGCAAGACUUAAAUCUCUCUGAAUGCCAGGGAUUGAAUGAUGACUCAAUGAGACUCAUAUCAGAAGGCUGUCCAUCCCUUCUCUAUUUAAAUCUGUCAUAUACAGAUAUUACUAAUGGAACACUACGACUGUUGCCAAGGAGCUUCCCCAAUUUACAGUAUCUGAGUUUAGCUCACUGCAGAAAAUUCACAGACAAAGGUUUACAGUACCUGGGCUCUGGAAAAGGAUGUCACAAGCUCAUCUAUUUGGACCUUUCAGGUUGCAUUCAGAUUUCAGUUGAUGGCUUCAGAAAUAUUGCCAAUGGCUGCAGUAGGAUUCAGGAUUUGCUAAUCAAUGAUAUGCCAACUCUCACAGACAGAUGUAUUCAAGCUUUGACUGAAAAAUGCCAGCGGAUUAUGUCUGUUGUCUUCCUUGACUCCCCACAUCUAUCUGACACAACUUUUAAAGCCCUUGCCGAAUGUAAACUUGUCAAGGUCGGCAUUGAAGGAAGUAAUCGAAUUACUGAUUUAAGUUUCAAGUUGAUCAGUAAAUACUGCCCUUACAUCAAGCAUAUUCAUAUGGCUGAUUGCCAAAAGAUCACAGAUGUUGGUCUUAAGAUGAUUGCACCAUUGAAGUAUAUUCUUGUACUGAAUUUAGCAGACUGCAUAAGAAUUGGUGAUGGAGGUAUAAGGCCAUUUGUAGAAGGUUCUUCGGGUGCUACCCUGAGAGAGCUGAAUUUGACUAAUUGUGUUUGUGUCACUGAUGCAUCUGUCACAGAAAUAGCACAAAGAUGUCAUAAUUUGACCUACCUAAAUCUGCGUUACUGUGAAAAUGUGACUGAUGCUGGAAUUGAAGCUUUGGGAACUAUGUCUUCAUUGAUAUCGAUUGAUAUCUCUGGAACCAGUAUCUCAGAUAUGGGCUUGAGAGCCCUCGGCUGCAGUGGAAACAUAAAGGAACUUUCUAUAUCAGAAUGCGAAAACAUCAGCGAUACUGGGAUUCAGCAGUUCUGCCAAGACACAAAAUGCCUAGAAUACUGUCAUGUCUCUUACUGCCCUCAGCUGACGGAUGAAACUGUGAAAGCUUUGGCAUUUCACUGCCCCAAACUUACAACUGUCAGCAUAGCUGGUUGUCCAAAGAUGACUGACCUAUGUAUCGAAUAUUUGGCUGCAGCCUGCUGUUAUCUCCAUUUCUUGGAUGUCUCCGGCUGCAUUAAUCUUACUGACAAAGCACUGAAAUAUCUUUGGAAAGGUUGUAAGCAACUCCAGAUUCUCAAGAUGCUGUACUGUAGAAAUAUUACCAAACAAGCUGUCCUGAAAUACACAGCCAAAUUGGAGAAACAAGAGCAUAAUGAUGCUGACCCUCCUCCCUGGGUCGGAUAUGACAGGAAUGGUAACAUAUCACCUUCACCAAAAACCACAAGUCAGAGCUUGAAUAAACUAAUCCUUCAAAAUGAGAAAUGAAGAAAAUCGUACAACAUCUUCUAUAGUUCCUUUUUUUCCCCAGCAGAACAUGAAAAGAACACUACAAUAUUUUUCUUAAAAUUAAUAAUCCUUUAAUAAAAGACAACUUUCUUGUUGAAUGAGUAAGGAUGCAUUGUGAAUCUUUCUAGUAGGAGCAUGUGCACCUUCAAAAGCAAGACAGCUGUACUGAAAAGACAUCGCUAAAUUUCAGAUGUUGGUUCAAGCUGUCUUCAUCUUUCAAUAAUUGCAAGUUUUUGUAGUCUCAUGCAAAGUAAACGAUAAAUAAAUGUAAGUGUGUUUGGGGUUCUCAUUUGUCAUGGAAGUCUUUUCUAGGACAUAAACACCCCGAGUUCCCACAGAGUUGCACACUUCACACAACUGUCUGUCGUCAAGAACAGUGUUUGAAUGACUACCUAUCUGUAAUGCAUAGCUAUAAAUGCACACAUAAGCACAGUUCUCUAUUUUUAAGCAGUCGCUUGCACACCACCCACCGCACUGGUUCACAUAAAGGCUUACAAAGCUCAGAAUUCGACUCUCCAAGCCAGCUGAGGUUUACAUUUUCAGACCUGAACUGGGGAAUAGCUGGCAGCUGACAGUCAAGAGAAUCAAAGAUAAAGGAGCACAGAUGAUAAAAGUGUUAAAGGAUGAUCUGUCUCCUGUUGCAAGAAAGUCUUCUCAAAUGGAGAAUGAAAAAUAACUCACCUGGGAUUUACCACUCAAAUUCUAAUUACGGAUAACUCACUAUAUUUUUCUCUACGCAGGGAAAGAUUAAAGUUUCACCUUAUUAUAGCAGAACAAGAAAUUAAUCCUAUGCUUUGGGGGAAACUCCCAAAGAUUUGUCUUUCUUCAGCUCUAAGCUGGUCUCAGCAUCUACCAACUUGGAAUGAUUUUAAUCAGAGUAGCUUUAGUAGCCACCCAGAGUGGCAAAAAUUUUCUAGUUGCUUAAACUUCUUUAAACAAAUAACUAGUAAUCCUAACAUUUAAUUGUGACUAGUUUUAGAACAUGAAUGCAUUAGUUUGCUUACUUUUGAUAGUGCAGGAAAGAAUGUUUUCUUAUUAUGUUCUCUCUUCAAUUGCUGAUGCAGCCGUCCAAAAAAGAAAGUCUUUAAUCAGCUGAGGCUGAUGGGCUUUGUAUUCAAGAUAAUUCAGGGCAAUUAAAUGCACUCAGUUUUGUGAAAUCUACCA